AGCUCCUGUGUCUCUACACUCGCUGAGACUCUGUCUUAUAGGUGAUCGCUACUGGUCGUAUCUCCACUGCGCGGUAUUGUCUGCGACACAAUCCACUUGCUUGCAUCCGGAAACGCGAUCUUGAACUCCUCAGUGGUGUCCAUGAAUUCGGAAGCACUGGAUGAUCGGAGCAUUUGACGGGCAAAGUUUUCGAAUAAAUCGAUCCGGGAAGGGUGGACAACCGCACUUAUCUUCUUGACACGAGUGAUCUGAGCCUCGAAGUGGCGCAAACACCCUCUCAACAGCUUUCCGGCCUUUUCAAUCAGGUCGUCUUCACUUCUCGAAUCGUUCUCGUCUUCAAUCCAGAAGUCCACAAAGGCGAGAAUAAAUCCUUUUCGCUCAGCUGCACUGAAAUCGACAACCUAAGCUCAUGAGUACAAUGAAAAACGGAGUUUUGACAUAGCUUACAUUUGCAAAAUGUUCAUCUGUGACCACAAGACUUAGCCGCUCGCACUCUCGCUUGAUUGCCAAGAAAAGCUGUAAGAAAUCUUUUCAGAUGCGUUGGCUCAAACGCC